AUGAAAAGAUGUGUCCUACAGAUUAAAGAUGCGCUUUUCAAGACGUCGUUGCAGAAGUCGGCACCAACUGUUUUCUCUAAGCCAAUACAAGAGUUCGCGAUCAAACCGAAUGAGAAGUGGGUAAUUUGGGGCAGUGAACGAUCUAAGUUCAUGGAUGUAAUUGGUAACAAGUACCUGGCAGAACCGCCCCUUUCAUUAAGAUAUGGCCAGACUCGCGGGGGUUUGCCAAGAAUUGAAUUUGUCAAGUUUAAUGGAGUGAUACCCACGGCUCACCUAAGUGCCAGAUACGAAUAUUUUAAAGACGAAUUCGAUCAAACCUGUGGCAAGUUCAUCAAAGACAACUCCAUCGGGUCCAUGGAGGUCGAUUAUGAUGUUUCCAAGACCGAUAGACCAUUAGAUCGCGAGUUAUACGCUAGUUUACUAAAAGAACUCCAGCUAGAGAAACUGGAGAAUAGAUGGGCAAUGGGGCUCAGUAAUGGCCAAAUGCGCAGAGCACGGCUGGCUCGUAGUCUAUUGAAGGACCCAGACUUGAUUUUAGUCGAGGACCCCUUUCUGGGCCUCGAUCCGACUGCGACUACUAUAAUUUCGAACUUCAUCGGCGCCUAUUCGAGAGCCCCCAUCGUAAUUGGGCUCCGCCACCAGGACAAGAUACCCGACUGGUGUACGCACGUAUGCUGCGUUGAUAAAAAAGGUAUUGUUUUCCAAGGUGACAAACAAAGCCUUGACAAUAAAAUCGCAUCCACCAGAAAAUGUUACGAUCUUGAAAAUGAGGCUAAAACGGCCAAUUCCCAGUAUCAAAUUCAGGAUCUCAUUUCUUGGCAUCCGCUAGCACUGAUGCCUCGCCACGAUAUCGUCAAACUUGCAUGUGGUAUAGAACUUAAAGGACUUUCAGUAUCUUACAGAGGAGUUUCGAUACUAAAGGAUUUGCACUGGCAAGUUCGCCCGCGGUCGAGAUGGCAUGUCAGAGGCGAUAAUGGCACAGGAAAGUCUACUUUGCUCUCUUUGCUGACCGCCGAUCAUCCACAGUCGUGGAAUUCAAAAAUUGUGGAGAACGGUGUUCCUCGCAAGGCGGGAGCCACGGACUAUUUCACGAUAAACAAAAGAAUCGGAAUGUCGUCACCAGAGCUGCAUGCUAUCUUUAACAAGUCUGAGGGCCGUAAAUUGAGCGUUAAGGAAGCUUUGGCUACAGGUUUCAAGGAAAACUCGUCCAAUGAUUUUUUGACAUGCUAUAAGGCCCUAAACAAGCAGCAGCUUCAAAUCCUCCACACCUACGAGGAUUUCUUUGGGCUCCAGUCAUUAGAAGGCUGCAGCUACGGAGAACUGUCCGUGAGUGAUCAGAAAUUAGUGUUGUUUGUGAGGGCACUGCUUAAGAUGCCCCAAAUUUUAAUUCUGGACGAAGCAUUUUCGGCAAUGGAGGAAAAGCCAAUGCACAAGUGCUUUGAAUUUCUUCAACAAUGGCCAGGUAUCGUGCUGGUUGUCUCACACGUUCCGGCAGAAACUCCACAAUGUGAUCAUUAUUUGCGGCUUGCUUCGCCAGGACAGUACGAAGUUGGCGCUGUCAAACAUUAG